GGCGAUUCACAAACGAGAAUAUAGGACUUACAGUAGCUAGUCGCUGCUCCGACAGAACUGGCCCCACUGAUAAGGGACGGAGUUGUUCGAUCCUGGGGAUUGUCAUGCGUGAACGGAUAUCAAUCUGACUACGGCCAGAAGAGAAAAUGGCGUUGUUAAAACAGGCAUGAUCUCUUGCACUUCUGUACGUUCAUCGCGAUUAGCAAGUUGACUAUGGCGUUGCGAAGCCUUACGGUUCUUCUCGAGCUAGGGCUCGUACAUUAUGUCCUCGCAGCUUUACUGUUGGGCAUAAUCGUUUGGGUAUGGCGGGAAGGACUCAAGGAUGAUGUGAAAUUGGAGGGUAUCCCAGAAGCACCGGGAGCUUUGCCUAUCAUUGGACAUUUGCACAUGCUCGGUGGUCGCAAGGGCCAGAACGACGCCACCAUAUUCUCACAAUGGGCCAAAUCAGUAGAUUCUGACUUGUUCUCAUGUCGACUGGGGGAUCAGAUUACGGUUGUGGUGAACACAUUUUCCGCCGCCAAAGAUUUAUGGGUGACACAGUCUGCCUCGCUCCUGGACCGGCCUCAACAGCCUGGCUUCCUGGACAAACUUGGUGUGGACAUCACCGGAUCACCUUUCACAGAUCAAAUUCGCCGAUGCAGAGCCGCAGCUAUGAGAGCACUUGGGAAGAAUAUGUGGCCUGAAUACUACCAGUUGUUGAAGCCGUCAUCAGAAGGGCUGAUCGUGUACUUGAAGGAACAAGGACAAUCUGGCAAAGCCUUGGUGGAUAUUUAUCCUAGGCUCAGGAUCAUGCUCUUCGACCUCGGCCUGUCGUUGACCUAUGGGGUUCGCUACGGCCAAUUCGACGACGCUUUCAUGGACUCUUUCUUGACGUCGAUCCUGGACAUCACAUCUGUACGCGCUUCAACGGCAAACUUCCGCUUCUACAUCCGACUCCUCCGGUGGUUUCCUGAGCCCAUGUCAAAGACAAUUGCAGCUGAAAAAGUCCGUGCCGCACAUGUCAAGGAAAUCUACCAGGCGUACAAAGAUCGAGUGGCACAGGACGGAGAAGUCAGUUGUGUUGUUUCCUCCCUUGGCUCCGAUCGACUGACAGAAGACGAAAUCCACGGGACAUGUCUUUCUCUCCUUCAAGCGGCACCGGAUACAGUUGCAACUGCUCUGUACCAAUGUAUUGCAUUCCUAGCAUCUCCUGACGGUAACUCGUUCCAGACCAAGAUGCACGACUCGAUUCUUGCUACAUAUGGAGGGGACAGGAGGCUCGCAUGGACCAAUGCUUUUCGAGAAGAGAAGGUUCCUCUGGUGACUUCUUUGUAUAAGGAGGCGUUGCGAUUCUACACCGUUACACCGUACAGUGUCCCUCACCAAACUACCAAGGAGAUCCACUACAAAGGCAGAGUCAUCCCGAGAGGGGUCGCGGUCUACAUGAAUGCUCAGCAGGCCAAUCAUGAUACUGCUCAUUUCGGACAAGAUGCAUGGUCUUUCAAUCCGGAACGCUUCGUUGGGAACAACUCGCCGAUGCCCCAUUUGGGAUUUGGCGCGGGAGGCCGCAUAUGUCCCGCCAUGGCAUUGAGCAACCGAAUCUUGUCAGCCAUGUUGAUCCGGCUUAGUCUCGCCUUCGAGAUGAAGCUAGGAGACCCAAAGGCCGGUGCACGAGUUCCGAUUUUAGAUCCUAUUGAUUUCUCAGCUGUCCACACCGAGCUUGUAGCCGCACCACGAGGGUUUCGAUUGUAG